AUGUCUGCUCAAUUCGAGCUCUACUACCCAGUCUUGAGAGCCAAGUUCCAACAGAACCUUUUGGCAGUCGCAGGAUGGACGAUUCUUUGCGCAUGCGCGUUUGGAGUGCUGAUUCUCUGGUCAUUUGCAGUGGAUGUCAGAAUGCCAAAACUUUCGAUUGCACUGGAAGAUGAGGUACCUGAUCGACAGGAACGGAUUGAAAUCUUCAUCAAAGACACGAGAAGAUUGUUCAUCACAAGCUACAGCAAGUUCCAAAAUCGCGUGUUUGGGAUAAACACAACUGAAGUUGGCAAUCUCGAUGAGAAGCAAAUCGCUAUCGUAAACAAGAAGCUGAAUCCGAUACUUAUUGAAUUGAUUCGCACCCACUGGCCACUUGAGACUUACGGAGUUCCCACAGUCGUAAAGCCAUGGCCACACGUUAUGCGUCAGGUUUCUCGUGUUUCUGCAAGGUUAUUUCACAGCGCCGAGUCCGCGGAUAAUAAUCAGUGGCUGGACAUUGCCAGCGAGCAUGUUCACUCUGCUGUCGUAUGGACGGAAAAUCUCAAGAAAUGGCCGGCAGCGCUGCGACCUUUUGUCUACCGCUUUGUCAAGGGACGUGGAAUCAUGAUGCAGCGCUUUGGCGAAGGCAAAGCCCUAUCUAUGGCUGCGACAGUCACCCAGUGUCUCAUGGAUCUUGCAACUUACCCGGAGUACAUUUCCGAGCUUCGUGAGGAAAUUGAAUUGGUGCUGGCGCGAGGGAAUGGGGUGCUUAGCAAGCAAGCUUUGACAGAUAUGAUGAAGCUAGACAGUGUCAUCAAGGAGACUCAGCGACUUAACCCGCCGGAUUUGGCAAGCUUUCAGCGUAAGGUUAUGUCAGAUUUCACGUUGUCAAAUGGUCUUCGCAUUCCGAAAGGCGCACGCAUCGCUUUGCCAACUGGAGCCAUUAACAUGGACCAAGAGCUGUUCCAGAAUCCGGAGAUCUUUGAUGGCUUCCGAUUCUACCGAAUACGUAUCGCUGCAGAGGAGGCGCGGAACACCAAUCAAAUGGUAACGGUGGGCAAAAAGGACCUGACAUGGGGCUAUGGUAGACAUGCUUGUCCCGGUCGAUACAUUGCUGAGGUCGCCAUGAAGCUACUGCUGAUCGAGUAUAUCAUGCGCUACGAUAUCCGGCUAUCCGGAGAUCUGAAGAGUCGGCCGAAGAACAUCGAGUUCGAGGGAUUGGUGAUACCUGACCCCGACUGGGAGUUGCUGUUGACAAGUAGACCUGUCAAGGAAAUUGCCUCAAAUCAUGAGAGCUGAGAUGAGAUUGUGUGAUACGUAACCUCAUGAAGCAACUUGGACAGACGAAGCUUAGGGGGAUCCUGUAUCAUUUUGGAUGAUGAGUAGCAGGAGGAGGUGGCAUCGCGAGUGUAUUGGGUCAUAGCUUUUCUCGAGUGGCAGGUUGAGAAUUGCAUAGGUUCUUCACUCAUAUCGAUCAAUCAACGUAUCAAAACUAGCAUGGGCAUAGAAAAAGAGGGUUGGAGUUACC